UGCAGAGGGCCAGAGGAAGAGGAGCUUGAACGCUCACGAUCGAGCCAGCGAGUGGUCGGGCGGGAGCCAGGAAAGGCGGCCAACUUCCCGGAGCAGGGUCUUGGUCCAGCCGGGGUUGGCUAAGGCGCCUUCGCCGCCGAGGCUCCGACUCCGGGCAGCGCCAGCUUGCUUCCGGCGCUUGCUCGGAAAGUUGGGUCGGAACUGAACCCCUAAAAGCGGGUCCGCCUCCCGCCCUCGCGCCCGCCCGGAGCUGAGUUGCUGGCGGCGGUGGGCGGCAGAGCAACGGGGAGUUUCCUCUCACCCUGGAUGGAGCUGAACUUUGAGUGGCCAGAGAAGCGCGGUCGCCCGGGGAUCGCUGCACGCUGAGCUCUCCCCGCGAGACCCAGCGGCGGCGGCUUUGGAUUUUGGGGGGCGGGGACCAGCUUCGCGCCGGCACCAUGUUUCUGGCCACUCUGUACUUCGCGCUGCCACUCCUGGAUUUGCUGCUGUCGGCCGAGGUGAGUGGUGGGGACCGCCUGGACUGCGUAAAAGCCAGUGAUCAGUGCCUGAAGGAACAGACCUGCAGCACCAAGUACCGCACGCUAAGGCAGUGUGUGGCGGGAAAGGAGACCAACUUCAGCCUGGCAUCCGGUCUCGAGGCCAAAGAUGAGUGUCGCAACGCCAUGGAGGCCCUGAAGCAAAAGUCUCUCUACAACUGUCGCUGCAAGCGGGGCAUGAAGAAAGAGAAAAACUGCCUGCGCAUCUACUGGAGCAUGUACCAGAGUCUGCAGGGAAAUGAUCUCCUGGAAGAUUCCCCGUAUGAGCCGGUUAACAGCAGGUUGUCAGAUAUAUUCCGGGCAGUCCCGUUCAUAUCAGAUGUUUUCCAGCAAGUGGAGCACAUUUCCAAAGGGAACAACUGCCUGGACGCGGCCAAGGCCUGCAACCUGGACGACACCUGCAAGAAGUACAGGUCUGCCUACAUCACGCCGUGCACAACCAGCAUGUCCAACGAAGUCUGCAAUCGCCGCAAGUGCCACAAGGCCCUCAGGCAGUUCUUUGACAAGGUCCCGGCCAAGCACAGCUACGGGAUGCUCUUCUGUUCCUGCAGGGACAUUGCCUGCACGGAGCGGCGGCGACAGACCAUCGUCCCCGUGUGCUCCUAUGAAGAACGGGACAAGCCCAACUGCCUGAAUCUGCAGGACUCCUGCAAGACAAACUACAUCUGCAGGUCGCGCCUUGCGGACUUUUUUACCAACUGCCAGCCCGAGUCAAGGUCUGCCAGCAGCUGUCUAAAGGAGAACUAUGCAGACUGCCUCCUGGCCUACUCUGGACUGAUUGGCACAGUCAUGACCCCCAACUACAUAGACUCCAGCAGCCUCAGUGUGGCCCCCUGGUGUGACUGUAGCAACAGCGGCAACGACCUGGAAGAGUGCUUGAAGUUCCUGAACUUUUUUAAGGACAACACGUGUCUCAAAAAUGCAAUUCAGGCCUUCGGCAAUGGCUCAGACGUGACCAUGUGGCAGCCAGCCCUCCCAGUACAGACCACCACUGCCACCACUACCACUGCCUUCCGGGUCAAGAACAAGCCUCCAGGGCCAGCAGGGUCUGAAAACGAAAUCCCCACACACGUUCUGCCACCUUGUGCAAAUCUUCAGGCACAGAAGCUGAAAUCCAAUGUGUCGGGCAGUACACAUCUCUGUCUUAGUGAUCCUGAUUAUGAAACGGAUGGUCUCGCUGGUGCCUCCAGCCGCAUAAACAAAAAUUCUAUGUCUGCUGCUCCCAGUUGCAGUCUGAGCUCACUGCUGGCUCUGGUGGUCACCACUGUAGCCACCCUGUUAUCUGUAUCCUUGGCAGAAACAUUGUAGCCGCAUUCAGAAAAGACGGAAAGACAAGCGAGAGAAAAGAACAAACAAAACUAAGCCACCUGUUUCCUGUCCUCUUGUAUAUCUGAAAUUCCAGUUCUGCUGAGGUUUCAUCCAACUGGAACUCUUUUGUUGUUUUUAAGGAAGCUUCUCGUGACCCCCAGGGGCUUCUGUGGAAGAACCACUACAGGGCUGACUCCAGACUCAGAAGGCUCCAUGGCAUGGUGUGGGUUAAGGGGACCAUUUGUAAACUGAAUGUAAAGCAAUCAUAAGGCUGUGUUUUUGAUGGUGAUGGUUAUGGUGGUGAGGAUGGUGGCGAUGGUGGUGGUGGUGAUGACGGUGAUGGUUUUAACAGCUUAAAGUCUGUUCUCUUUACUGGCUAGAACAGGAGAUGCUAUUGACAAAGAUUCUUCCCUGUCUUAUUUAAUAGCUUUGAAUUGUAUUAACAUGACUGCACCCUGAUAAUGAUGACAAAUGAAGGUUGGCCUCACGAGUGGACUUUUUGGACUCCGUCCUGUACUAAAAAUGUCCACCUCUCUAUGUACGUUCUGCACACAGUGUUUAUGUACCUACCAACAAUUCUGUGACCCUCAACAAAACAAAAAACCCGGUCACAUCCAAAUGGAGAACCUGUCAUUCAGCCCAGUAGAGGAGAGGCGGCCGCGGGCCUCACACAGCGCUGGGAUUGCUGACGGACCCUCUCCUGAACCUUGCCUGAGUGAGAAGACCUUUAACAGGAGCCGGCUACGGCUGAAGUGCAACUCUUAAUGCUUUUUACACCUACGACGUCACACGUAGAAAAGGUGUUGCUUUACUAUUUAGUGAUUCCAACUAUUGGCUUUCUACGUUUUGAAAGUAACGACACGUCCUUGUUUUUUACUGAUGGUUUAAUACAGACACAUGCAGCGUGUUUUCCUCUCAUGAUUAGUGCCAGCCCCAAUAUUAACUUCACCGAUAGCAGCUCUCGGAAGCAGACCCCCAGGAGCCCCCCAUGCUUUAGCUGAGACUGCAUCGCAUUACUGUGGACAGGCAGGAGAAAACAGCAGCCCCUUGGCACGACUGGCCAUUGGCACAGCCCCAGUUCCUUGGCUUUCAAGUUAUGACAAGGGCAGCUUUGAUCAUGACAGGGCACAAGGGACAAGAUAGCAUGUGCUGCUCUCUUUCAAAGUUGAUCCCCGCCAGGGUGCACAGGAGUAUCCGCGCUCCUGACUGUGGUGUCGUGGUCACCGUUUAGAGCAGUUUGGUUUCAGGGUCACCAGGCAUCUGCUCUAUCUACCCCUAUGGCCUUUAUCACAGACUGUGCCCCUGCAGAAAGGAAUGGUGGUUUAUGGAUCUUGAUGGCUAACAUGGAGUCUGGAAAGGUGAAUUGAUUGUCAAAGAUACACAGAGCAAGAUCGGACUGUCUUGAUGGGACAUGUGGCUUACAUAGCCUCACACCUCCUCCUGAGUCCUCUUCCUCGCCUGAGCAGACCCUUGUGUGUGUAUCUAAGCCCUGCUGUAGAUGGUCAGGUUCAGAAUCUUCAGCUGAUUGCCUACUGGCAACCAUCUUUCCCCACAAGUGAAUAAAGGAAAGAAAUUCUUCCUCCAUGGAGCUGUGGAAGUGUGAUCUUGCUUCCCACCCUCAGAGAGACAGAGGCAGGAGCCCUGGGGCACACAUACCUGCCCCCUGCUCUCUGAGAUUGGCCUUGGAUGAUAACAGAUCACCUGGGAAAGGGGGAAGAAGUCUGUGAAAGUCAAGAGAUGAGCCUGGUUUUCAGCUCUUUUGGUGUCUGGGCACAUUUAUAUCCAAAUGCUAAUGAAUACCAGUGUAAAAUAGUCGGUAGCAGAAUUUUUUUUAUGUCGAAAUGUUUCAUGGGGAACGCAUCCGGCAUCCACGUAUGCCUGAUCAGUGGGAAGUUCCAUGAAGACUCGUACGUACAGCGAAUAAACACCUUGAGUGUCUCAAAGCCGUUUAGGAUGCCAGUCAUGUGGGAGCAUAUCUCUUACAGAGCAUAUUUGGUUUUAAUUAAGGUAUCUCCAUGUAUCUACACUGGACUAAUUGCAUGUGGGUCUGACUGGGUGGGAUCCACCUUAGGAAGCUAUCGAUUAGCCCUGCAGUCUACUGCAGCCCUAAUUAGCUUCAGAGGACCACAGAGGAAACAGGAGUCCUAUGCUAACAAGGGCAGCCUUCAACCAAGAACUCAUAGUUAUGCAACAUGCAAAUCAAACUUGGAAAAGCUCUUGCCAACAAAAAUCUGGUUUUCUCUCAGAAAUGAAAACACAUGAGUGCUACCAAAUCCUCAGUUUGAAAGCAAGUAGCUGAGGAGAUAAACAGUGGGCGGGGCCUCGCUUAGGGACCUCGUGGUGGGGAGACUUAGAAAACCAGCUCAAGUUAGCGGGCUUGUCAUUCGCGAUCUCAACUUGACACAUGAGACUGACAGAUUUGUCUGGAGAGUGGAGCAGGAGAUAUGGCAGUCUUCUCACCUGACCUUCCUAGAGCCCUGAUGAGCAAUUUGCCACUUUGUAUCCCUCUGCUUUCCCUUCGCACAGACCAAGGUUUGGUCUGCUGGGGUUGGAUUCCUUGCAGAAAGCUCCUCACGGAAGGAAGUGGCUUUGCUAGUAUAGCAGACAGGUGUGUCCAGAGUGAUUCAGAAUCUAGCCUGCCCUACUUCAGAGAGAGAAGGCGACAGAGCCUCACGGAGUAGAAGCACAGUAGUUCAGCUCGACCUUGAAUGUCCUAGAGCAGAUAGCCUUUGUGAGUUUGUCAGAGAGCACAGGAGGAGAGAUGCGCGCAGCAAGGAGGGGAUUCGGCAUGAAACGCCGCCUUUUUCCACAUCUGAUUUUUUUUUUAAACCUCUAAUAGAAAAAACUAGACAUUGCACAUUGCAAAGGGUUAUUUUUCAUUGAGUAAAGCGAAUUGUAUCUAGGUGUGAUUGGAAGGUGGUUUCUAUUUUGUUUGGAAGGCAAUUCCACGUCUUGUAGGUAAGCAGAAAUGUCUAAAGUUAUAGCUUCAAGUUCAUCCCAAUACAGCACAGGAACUCUCCAGAGUCCUGAGUUUAAUCCUUGUCUGUAAGUCAGACAUUCCCAAACAUCCCAUCUGCUGAGUCAGAGACAAGAGAGGGUGAAAGUGUGUUUGAAUCAAUGUUUAGUUAGGAAAAGAGACAUAAAAGCAGUGGGGGUUUAUAUAACUAGCAAUUAUUUUCUUAGAUUCCAACAUAAACGUUCUUCAGUUAUUACUUACAAAAUAGUGGACUCAGAGGAGCUAUCGUUGGGAAAUGUGUUUUUAUUCACAUAGCCAGACAUGCACGACUUUCCUGAUCCAUGUGAACCAGAGGAGGGUUGCUUAAGUAAGCUCUCGUUCUGCCUUUUGAAUGCCGCUCUGGUCUCCGUGAGUCACCUCCCUGCAGUCUCUGCUGGUGUUGCUUGUGCUCUUUGCCUGAGCGAAUGAAACCAUGGGAGACCCAUCUUUGUAAGAAAAACCACGGCAGCAGAUGGCAGUGAAUUACCACGGCCUGGGCACUGUGGCACCAGGCGGCCCAUCUUCCCCGAGCCAACAGGGGUUGGAGAGAUGAAAUCAAGGUGCAUCAUGCUGCCAAGACAGCCAAUGGGCUGUUGACUUUGCUGAUACCCCUCUCUGGGGCCAUGUUCUUCUGAUAAAACAGCCGGUGUCCUGAGAGAGUCGGGAGGUCUUUGGAAAGGAAGCUAGACAAGAUGGUGACAAGGGAGGACUUCGCUUUUAGAAACCCUCGAGUAAAAAGGCUAGGGCAUGUGGCUGGGUAACCCUAAGAGCUGUGUUUCUCACCCUGAGCAAGGAAUCUCAUGUCUUUAUCUGACAUGUCUUCACUUUGAUGCAGCUUUUCUUACUGAGCAGGUUUAAGUCUUUUCUAGAAUUCUUCACGAAGAACCGUUACUUAGGAAUGAUAGUAUGGCUGCAGAGGCCUUACUCCCUGGGCUGCUCCUGUGCCUCUGUAUGCACUCUGUAGGAUGUCCAUUUCCCAGGGAGAGAGAUGUCUUAAGCUGUGGUUGGUUUGGUCACCGUCCUGUUGAUUGGUAACGCCGCCGCAUUUCCCUUUUCCUUUAUUGCCUGAGUAUAUCAUAGAGUCUCUUCUAAUGUAAUCUUCACCCCAGUCACUCUGAAUUCAAUGCUGCCAAUGUCCAGCCACGUCCCGUCAGAUGCUCAUCUUAUGGAAGGAAGCCUGUCCGGAGCCAGGUGAUGCAGCAUCAAAUCAGGAAUGCCCGCCCCUCCCCCUCUCUUGAGAGCCCUCUUCACUUGGGUUACCCUGCCCUCAAGCCCUCAUGGGAAUCCUUUUGCUCUCUGGGGGGCUCCCUGGUAGUCCCAGAGGCAGCUCAGAGUGACUCCUCAUCUGAACGUGCCACCUGCAUUUCUGAUGAGUUCUGAGUCCCAGCCCGGAGGGGUGGGGAAGCCACACAAACCCAACUGCAAUAAGCUGCCUGCAGACUGCUCCAGCCUGCUGCUAGUCAUCAAGGCCUCCGAGGCCCCGAAGGUCUGUCUCCAAGCUCAUUUGACCAACGCAGCUGUGACUUCGGCUGUCUGCCACUGGCAGGUGCCAGUAUCAACAUCUUGUCCCACUGCCACAAGGAGGAUUUCAUUUGCACUCCAGGGCAGCUGCCAAGCCCAGCACCAGCACCAACAGAAGGAAUUCUCUGGGUUUUCUCUCUUUAACACACUCUGAAACCUCCUUACUAGUCUCCACUUUCAUCUUAUAGGGGAUGCCAGGAGCCUGACCAGAGACGGACAGUUUCAGUCAUAACAUUGCUCCCGGCUUAAUGCCCUCCCUCGUAGGUCCAGCCUAUAACAAACACUUUUAAAAUGCUGGUUGCCUGAAAAACAUGGUACACCAAAGGGCUUCAUCCUGCCCCAUGGCAGCAAAAACUGUCCAGGCACAUAGCUGUGCUGACCUUGAGUGGCACUUAAAGUGGGCUGGGAUACUCCUGGGUCUAGGAAGAUGCUCAGCUCACCGUGUUUCCUGCCAAGAACUGAGACUUGAGCAGUCGUCCUUGGAGGAACUGGGCAUGACCAACUAAUCCCAACAGAUCUACAUCUGCCCCACCAGUGAGCCUGUGGAGAUUUUCAUCUCCAUUAAACAAUGGUGCCAGACCCUUCCAGCCACCGCAGGGGGAUAGCCUUUCCAUUCCCCAUCCCAGGAAGGAAGGGCCAACAUCUGUCCACUUAGCACACAUGGUAGGCAGGUUCUGACGCUGGCUGGACCACCCUUUGGCACAGCAGCUUCCCCACAAAGAACUGGGACAUCUUAGGUUUUUUGGUGUUCCCAGGGGGAACACCUAUUCCUGUUUACCUGCUGAUUGGUGCAAUCCUUUAGUUUGACACGCACUCUAUAAUAGGUAGGCUAUGGUUCUUGUGUCUCAGUUCCUAUCUGGACAGGCCAAAGCAGCUGCCGUGAUGGGGGAGGCAGACAGCCUCCCUGAAAGAACCCAGGCCUCAGAUGGCCAUGAGCUUAGCAUACAGGUGCAUCAGUGGGGAUGUCAUAUUGGUCGAGAGCUUUGUCACAAGCAUGACAGUGGGGGACACGGGAGUGGCUUUGAGGAUAGCAAAAAAACAGGACACAUUUUGAAAUAGUUUUAGCGUACAAAACAAUGGGUUUCAUGAUUCCGUUUUCAUACACAUCAUUGUGGUAUACUACUUCAUAUGUCUCCUCUCUCUCUCUCUCGUCUCCCCAUCUCACUGAUGCUCUUCAUCUGGCCGUGUUUAAAUAGCUAAACUCUAAAUAUCUGCAGGGAACUUUGAUGCCCAUGGAACACAACAUAGAUCCCACAGUGAAAGUGAAUUGACAUGAAGAAUGGAAAAUCUAAUGGUUGCUCUGGUAUAGGAAACUCAGGUUUGGUUUUGUUUCAGAGUAAAGAGUAGUCAUCAGAGGGCAGAGAAGACAUUAACUAUGCCUUCUAACACACUGGACUGUAAGAUACCAUCAGCUCAGACCCGACCCACCUCCUCCUCUUCACUCAGGCAGGGCUGCACGGUCCAGCAGCAGCAUCUUGGUGUGAAAAGUGUGCUUGAUCUGAGUCUGGGUUGUUACUGUUCGUCUGCGACUGAAGGUGUUUCUGGAGGAAAAGAAAAAGAGAGAGAAAGCAAACGAGCUGUAAAAGCAGUCAAGCUCAGCUGCUGUGCUUUUCUGGAUUCAGAGAGAGCUGAUGUCCUCAGAGAGUUGAAGGAUGGCUUCAGAAACCCCAAAUCCAGAGCCUUGCAGCGUCCCUAAUUAUCUGGCUUUGCUCUCUCAUCUCUCACCCAGGGGACAAGGGGAAGCUGCCCAUCACACAGCUCGCUUGAGAGAGUUUCCUGUCUUGUGCACAUUAUCCCUUGAUAUUGAAAUUAUUUUCCCUGUUUAAUCCAGCUCCUGCUGAGAAGCUGUGUGGGAUUUAAGAUGCAGGAUUUUGUCUUGUACUUUCCAAUGGGGUUGCAUCUUUUACUCCUAACCAGAGGGUGUGUUUCAACUGCUGCUGAUCUGGUCCGGGCAGGUUAGUUUUAAGUAGAGAGGACGCCAGUUUCUGAUGAGGUAUUUUCAGAAUUCUGACCCGAACAAGGGCCCAGAUUCCUCCUCAGAGCCAGGAUGAGAAGAAGAGCAGGUUUGGUUAGGAGGUCUCAGGUUAGGAGAGGCCUCCUUGUGUUCACAGUGUUUCCCACACACCAAGGAAGGGGAAAUUGCCUCACUGGGUGGCAGAUCUGCUGAGGACAGCCAUUCAUCUCCCAGGUUGCCCGCACAUCUUCACUCAGUGGACCAUGCUUCUUGCCAACAGAAGACCACCGACGCGUAGAAAGACAGUUUUCCGUUUGAACUAUGGCAGAGGUUAGGUGAUGUUUGAGUUUUCUGUCUGCCUCUUGCUCAAACCCUACAGAGUGUAUGUAGUCCCUUUUGCCCUCCCCACCCCCAGAAUAUCCCAAUAAAUGUUCUG